UUGUUUCCUUUUAUCCAAAUACCAAAAGUUGCUUUGAGGGUAACCCAAAUAUUUUCAGGAUUCUUCACACCGAUUCUGCCCACGGCUGUUAGCAGUCCCCGUCGUGCCGUACAGUCGAAGGGUGAGUGGACGUCGAUUCGUCCUGUCACUGCCACCCAGUUAGUAACACCUGCACUCACCUCCACCAUCUCCACCACCAUCACCACCACCACAUUAUCAACAACCGCGCCCACCUCAGCAACCACCACCACAUCUACUUUUAGAAAAACGGCUACGAUAGUACCUUCCAUCCACACAAUUGACGAACCUCCACGGUUAGUCACCAUGGUCACGAAACCUCUGGGACACACCACCCGGACAGUACCAAAAACAGCGACGGUACUUCUACGACCGUACGAAAGUGUCCAUUUGGCCACUCGAAAGAACCCAGAAUAUCUAGGCGAAAGUAUAUGGGCCAGCAUUGAUCUGCUUCCCGAACCGAUGGGUACUGGACUACCAUCGAGAAUGCGGAUGCUUGAAAACACUACUCGUUCUUCCACAGUGACAACGACCCAGAAGUUCACAACAACGACGGCACAGAAGACACAGAAAAUGUGGCAGCAGGUUUCUAGUCUGCUUGAUCUUGUCGCUUUUUUAGACAAAUCGACAGCUGUUACCUUCAGCAGCUUUCUGUCAGCGACGACCACCAAGCUGGCCAAAUCACGUACGGCACCUUCGUUUACUGUAUACCCGGUCCGUCCGACGACGCCUAUGGGCGACCUGAUCACUACCACUAUGAAGACGGCCGACUUCCCGCGAACGGCGCUGAUCAGCAUCGCAUCGGUGUCGGUGAUCAUGAUCAUCGCCGUUGUCGUCUUCUGCGUGUUUCGCUGCCGUCAAAAUCCACCACCCACUGAUCACUAUCCAAUGACACAGCAGGGCUACACAUCCAUAGCGCCGGAGCUGUCGCCGCCGCCGCCAGAUGUGUCGAAACCAAUGCAAAUCGUGAACGGAAGUGGCUAUCAAUCAAUGAAAGGAGCUGGUAUCAUAACGAAUAACAAUGUAAUAAACGGACAUACCAGAAAUGGUGGAGUCGGGAAAAAGGAUUUUAAGGAGUGGUAUGUAUAG